CGAUUUGUGGAUAUCGCGCACCAAAUUUCCUCGCGUCGACAACAAACAAACACCAACCACCACCACCACCAUCCAUCAUCAUGUGGGGAACACUGUCCCUGGCCAUCUUGGUCACCUCUCUCAUCUUCCUCUUUCGCAAAGGCUUUCGAUCGGGCAUCUUUGCCAUCGCCAUUGGUUAUCGCGCUCUAGUUCACUGGUAUCGCAACUUGCGUGGCCUUACGCCAGAUGACAUCCAUGAGCGCCGCAUUGUGUCUGGGCAAGCCUGGGAUGAGUUCUGCGACGCCAUAAAGGCCGCUGGCGCUGUCCUUUCCAUGCCGGGCACGCCCCAGGACCCUUUCAACCAGGCCGAAGGCUAUCGAUACUUGUCCCGGCUCAUUCGCGGCGGCCUGGAGAACUUUGUCGAGUGCAGCGACCCCUUGCGCCCGCGGCUCAACGCCAUCGCCAAUGGUCUCCGCCCUGCCCCGAUCAAGCUCGGGUCCGAUAGCCCGGACAACCUCUACGAGAGCGCAGUCAUCGACGGGCGCUUCACUUACCGCUUGAAGGGUACUCGCGGCACACCCAAGAUUCUCGGCUUUGGCACACAGGCGGGCCGGUAUGGGGGCGACGGCGGCCUGAAGACAGUCGACUACAAGACCAUCGAUGAUAUGGUUGUCAACGCGGACGGCACCUUCGAAGUCUAUCUUGGCCCCCGAAAGCCCGACGCGUGCCCGGACAGCAACUAUCUGCGCACAUUGGAAACGCCAGCCGAGGGCAUGCUGCUUGUGCGCCAGACGUUUGGUGUGCGUACCAAAGAAACACCGGCACAGCUUGAGAUUGAGUGCAUAACCGCAUCACCCGGCGGGAGCAGCAGCAAGCUGACGUGUGCGGCGCUUGACACUGCGCUCAGCUCCGCACAGCUGUUCAUUGCUGGCGCCCCAGCCAUGUUUGCCCACUGGGCCGCGGGCUUUCAGAAGCACAAGAACCAGCUCCCGCUCUUUGACCAGGAGUUGUCCAAUAGCGUUGGUGGCGACCCGAACAUCCGCUACUUCCACUCGUAUUGGGAGCUGAAGGACGACGAGGCGCUGGUGAUUGAGGCAACCCCGCCCCCGUGCAAGUUCUGGAACUUCCAACUCAACAACCACUGGAUGGAGAGCCUGGACUAUAGGUAUUUCCCCAUCCACGUGAACAAGUACACCGCAAAAUACAAGCGGGAUGGGAGCAUCAUGAUCAUCGUGUCCAAGGAGGACCCUCAUCUCUCGCAGGAGACGUACACGUGGUUGUCAACGACGGACCAUAACUGCGGCACAAUGUCGUUUCGGUGGAUUCUUCCGGAGGUCGAUGGCCCAGACCUGCCACACCCGCACACGCGCGUCGAAUCCAUUGCGCAACUCAAGGAGACACAGGCACAUUGAGCGGCCAGUGCAGUGCCAUCGAUUUCACAACACACAACACACAACACACAACACAC